AUGGACCCCCGCCUUCUCCUCCUCGCCGCCUUGGCCUUGGUAUUCGUCGCGGCAGCUGGGCAGGGCGCCAAGACGGUGCUGCCGUUGGCGCCUUCCUGCUCGACAAGCGGCAACUACACCGACGGCAGCCAGUACAAGAAGAACCUGGACCAGCUCCUGGCUGCGCUCCCCACGGCGGCCGGCGACAACGGGUGGUUCUACAACGGCACCGCCGGGACGGGGGGCGACCAGGUGUUCGGCCUCAUCAUGUGCUACGCCGACCGCAACGCGACGCAGUGCCUGGAGUGCCUCGCUGUGCCCGGGCAGCCGGAACCGGUGGCGCUAAGCUCCGGCCUCCGGCACGGCAUCGGCUUCGACGCGUGCGGGUGCUCCGUGCUGACUGCACUCGGCUCCGGUGUGGGGAGCUCCGGGCAGGCCCUGGUGCCCGUGGCUGCGACCUCCGACGUCUGGCUGCUACGGGCAGAGUCGCGGGCUAGUGCGGUGCACCUCCAACGGCGGCGGCUUCAGCGAGCCGGGGUGAGCGCGGUUCCGGCAACGUAG